AUGGGGACGGCGCUACUCCAGCGUGGGGGCUGCUUCCUUGUAUGCCUCUCACUCCUGCUUCUGGGGUGCUGGGCAGAGCUGGGCAGUGGGCUGGAGUUCCCCGGGGCUGAUGGCCAGUGGACACGAUUCCCCAAGUGGAAUGCCUGCUGUGAGAGUGAGAUGAGUUUCCAACUGAAGACCAGAAGUGCCCGGGGCUUAGUUCUUUACUUUGAUGAUGAGGGUUUCUGUGACUUCUUGGAGCUGAUACUUACCAGAGGUGGCCGGCUGCAGCUCAGCUUUUCAAUCUUCUGUGCUGAGCCUGCAAUCCUCUUGUCUGAUACACCUGUCAAUGAUGGCACUUGGCACACUGUGCGGAUUCGCCGUCAAUUCCGAAACACUACUUUGCUCAUUGACCAAACAGAGACCAAGUGGGUGGAGGUCAAAUCUAAGAGACGUGAUAUGACAGUAUUCAGUGGCCUCUUUGUGGGUGGUCUCCCUCCAGAACUACGGGCGGCAGCUCUCAAGUUGACAUUGGCCUCUGUGAGGGAGCGCGAACCCUUCAAAGGAUGGAUUCGUGACGUGCGGGUGAACUCAUCCCAGGCCUUGCCAGUGGAAAGUGGCGAGGUGAAACUGGAGGAUGAGCCUCCCAGCAGUGGUGGGGGGAGCCCGUGUGAGGUUGGGGAGGAGGGCGAGGGAGGCGUGUGCCUCAAUGGAGGGGUCUGCUCCGUGGUGGAUGACAAAGCUGUGUGUGACUGCUCCCGAACUGGCUUCCGAGGCAAGGACUGCAGCCAAGAAGACAACUAUGUGGAAGGUCUGGCGCACCUGAUGAUGGGCGACCAAGGUAAAAGUAAAGGAAAAGAAGAAUAUAUUGCGACCUUCAAGGGAUCAGAAUAUUUCUGCUAUGACUUGUCCCAAAACCCCAUUCAAAGCAGCAGCGACGAAAUAACCCUGUCAUUUAAAACUCUUCAGAGGAAUGGACUGAUGCUUCACACAGGGAAAUCAGCUGAUUAUGUCAAUCUUGCACUGAAAAAUGGAGCCGUCUCUCUGGUCAUUAAUUUGGGAUCAGGGGCUUUUGAAGCACUGGUGGAACCCGUGAAUGGAAAAUUUAAUGACAAUGCCUGGCAUGAUGUGAAAGUAACCAGGAAUCUGCGUCAGCACUCAGGCAUUGGACACGCUAUGGUAAACAAACUACAUUGUUCGGUGACAAUAUCAGUGGAUGGAAUUCUUACCACAACGGGCUACACGCAAGAAGACUAUACCAUGCUGGGUUCUGAUGACUUUUUCUAUGUUGGAGGCAGCCCCAGCACAGCCGACCUCCCAGGGUCACCAGUCAGUAACAACUUUAUGGGCUGCCUCAAGGAGGUUGUAUAUAAAAAUAAUGAUGUCAGGCUGGAAUUAUCUCGGCUUGCCAAACAAGGAGAUCCUAAGAUGAAAAUACAUGGAGUGGUGGCAUUUAAGUGUGAGAAUGUCGCAACAUUGGACCCAAUCACCUUCGAGACACCAGAGUCUUUCAUCUCUCUCCCAAAGUGGAAUGCCAAGAAAACAGGUUCCAUAUCUUUUGACUUCCGUACUACAGAACCGAAUGGACUUAUCCUCUUUAGCCAUGGCAAGCCAAGACACCAAAAGGAUGCCAAAAACCCCCAAAUGGUAAAGGUUGAUUUUUUUGCUAUUGAAAUGCUGGAUGGCCACCUCUACCUACUGCUGGAUAUGGGAUCAGGUACUAUCAAAAUAAAAGCAUUGCAAAAGAAGGUGAAUGAUGGAGAAUGGUAUCAUGUGGACUUUCAGAGAGAUGGAAGAUCAGGUACCAUUUCUGUCAACACAUUACGCACACCUUACACAGCCCCCGGAGAGAGUGAGAUCCUAGACCUGGACGACGACCUGUACCUGGGAGGUUUACCAGAAAACAAAGCAGGUCUUAUCUUCCCCACUGAAGUAUGGACUGCUCUCCUCAACUAUGGCUACGUGGGCUGCAUCAGGGAUUUGUUUAUCGAUGGUCAGAGCAAAGAUAUUCGACAAAUGGCUGAGAUUCAAAGUACUGCUGGAGUCAAGCCUUCUUGCUCAAGAGAAACAGCAAAGCCGUGCCUUAGCAACCCAUGUAAAAACAAUGGCAUGUGUAGGGAUGGGUGGAACAGAUAUGUCUGUGAUUGUUCUGGGACAGGCUACCUUGGCAGGUCCUGUGAGAGAGAGGCAACUAUCUUGAGUUACGAUGGAAGUAUGUUUAUGAAAAUCCAACUUCCCGUGGUGAUGCACACAGAAGCAGAGGAUGUGUCCUUAAGGUUCAGAUCUCAGAGAGCUUAUGGCAUUCUAAUGGCCACCACAUCUAGAGAUUCUGCAGAUACUCUCCGCUUAGAGCUGGACGCAGGGCGUGUGAAACUGACGGUCAAUCUAGAUUGUAUCAGGAUUAACUGUAAUUCCAGCAAAGGUCCCGAGACCCUUUUUGCCGGCUAUAACCUCAAUGAUAAUGAGUGGCACACAGUGCGUGUGGUUCGACGAGGAAAAAGUUUAAAGUUAAUGGUGGAUGACCAGCAAGCUAUGACAGGCCAAAUGGCAGGAGAUCAUACAAGGCUGGAAUUCCACAACAUAGAGACGGGAAUCAUAACAGAGAGGCGGUAUCUGUCCUCUGUCCCCUCCAAUUUCAUUGGUCACCUGCAAAGUCUGACUUUUAAUGGAAUGGCAUAUAUUGACUUGUGUAAAAAUGGCGACAUAGACUAUUGUGAACUAAAUGCCAGAUUUGGCUUCAGGAACAUCAUAGCAGAUCCUGUCACUUUCAAGACCAAAUCAAGUUAUGUUGCCUUAGCUACAUUGCAAGCAUACACCUCUAUGCAUCUUUUUUUCCAGUUCAAGACAACAUCCCUAGAUGGAUUGAUUUUAUACAAUAGUGGAGAUGGAAAUGACUUUAUCGUGGUUGAAUUAGUUAAAGGGUACUUGCAUUAUGUGUUUGACUUGGGAAAUGGGGCUAACCUCAUCAAAGGUAGCUCAAAUAAGCCACUCAACGACAAUCAGUGGCACAAUGUGAUGAUAUCUAGGGACACCAACAAUCUCCACACAGUCAAGAUUGAUACCAAAAUCACCACCCAAAGCACAGCAGGAGCCAGGAAUUUAGAUCUGAAAAGUGACCUGUAUAUAGGAGGAGUCGCCAAAGAGAUGUACAAAUCAUUGCCAAAAUUAGUCCAUGCCAAGGAAGGCUUUCAAGGCUGCCUGGCAUCAGUGGAUUUAAAUGGACGGCUCCCAGACCUCAUCUCUGAUGCUCUUUUUUGUAAUGGACAGAUAGAAAGAGGAUGUGAAGUUGCAUUGAUGAAAGCUGACUUGCAAGGACCCAGUACCACUUGCCAAGAGGACUCCUGUUCCAACCAAGGUGUAUGCUUGCAGCAGUGGGAUGGAUUCAGUUGUGACUGCAGCAUGACAUCUUUCAGUGGCCCCCUUUGCAAUGACCCUGGAACAACAUAUAUCUUUAGCAAAGGUGGUGGACAAAUCACAUACAAAUGGCCUCCUAAUGACCGGCCGAGUACACGUGCAGACAGACUUGCCAUAGGGUUUAGCACGGUUCAGAAGGAAGCUGUACUGGUACGAGUGGACAGUUCUUCAGGGCUCGGUGACUACUUGGAGCUACAUAUUCACCAGGGAAAGAUUGGAGUUAAAUUUAAUGUUGGAACGGAUGACAUCGCCAUUGAAGAGAACAAUGCAAUCAUUAAUGAUGGGAAAUACCAUGUAGUACGUUUCACGAGGAGUGGCGGUAACGCUACGUUACAGGUGGACAGCUGGCCAGUGAUCGAGCGUUAUCCUGCAGGAAACAAUGAUAACGAGCGCCUGGCGAUUGCUAGACAGCGAAUUCCAUAUCGACUUGGUCGAGUAGUUGAUGAAUGGCUACUCGACAAAGGGCGUCAGCUCACAAUCUUCAAUAGCCAAGCAACCAUUAUAAUUGGCGGGAAAGAGCAGGGCCACCCCUUCCAGGGCCAGCUCUCUGGUCUUUACUACAAUGGCUUGAAAGUUCUGAAUAUGGCAGCCGAAAAUGAUGCCAACAUCGCGAUAGUGGGAAAUGUGAGACUGGUUGGUGAAGUGCCUUCCUCUAUGACAACCGAGUCAACAGCCACAGCCAUGCAGUCUGAGAUGUCCACGUCCAUUAUGGAAACCACCACCACCCUGGCUACCAGCACAGCCAGAAGAGGAAAGCCCCCUACAAAAGAGCCCAUUAGCCAGACCACAGAUGACAUCCUUGUGGCUUCUGCUGAAUGUCCUAGCGAUGAUGAGGACAUUGAUCCCUGUGAGCCGAGCUCAGGUGGGUUAGCCAACCCGACCCGGGCAGGCGGGAGAGACUACCCAGGCUCUGCAGAAGUGAUCCGAGAGUCCAGCAGCACCACGGGCAUGGUCGUUGGGAUCGUGGCCGCCGCUGCCCUGUGCAUCCUCAUCCUUCUUUACGCCAUGUACAAGUACAGGAACCGAGACGAGGGCUCGUACCACGUGGACGAGAGCCGAAACUACAUCAGUAACUCAGCACAGUCCAAUGGGGCGGUGGUGAAGGAGAAACAGCCCAACAGUGCUAAAAGUUCCAACAAAAACAAGAAAAACAAGGAUAAAGAGUAUUAUGUCUGAUCCCGACAUCCCCAAAGGACACUUGUAUAGAAAUAGUCUUCAUUUUAUCUGAGACAUAAUACAAACUUAUUUACUUUCCUUUUUAUGAAGCACAUACAAAAAAAAAAAAAGAAGAACAGGGAACGCAAUCAGGAAGGAAAGACUGUUUUUAAAAAAACAAAACAAAACAAAAAAACACAACAAAACAAGUAUCUCAUGCUCUUGUUUCUCCAGAAAGCAGGGGCUGACAAAUUCCCUCACAUCCACAGUGUUUUUUCAUUUACUCUGCCUGUCUUUAUGUUGCCGGAACAUUUCUAAAAAGACAGUGAUGACCCCACGCAUUCAUAAAGCAAAGGAGUAUUAUCACAUCAAGGCACAAUACACAACAAAACAAAAUUCAAAUAAAUAAACAAACAAACAAACAAAUAAAUAAAUAAAAAAGAAGCUACCUAUGAUUCUGGAUUUAGCCAAAGUGCUAGCGCUUUCUCGAGAAGGGAGUCUGAUCGCCAAGAGAAGACUCUGCCAUUUGGUCUGACUCUACACGCAAACCUUAAAGAGUUUGCCGCCUCGUGCGUGCACCAGGAGCAGUGAUGGAAGCUUGCAUUGGAGACGGAGUGCUGGCUUUUUUGAAGACUUGUGUUAGAACACUUUCAAAAAGCCCCUUUCUGGUUGUAAGGGAGAAAUUUGGAAAAACAAAACAAAACAAAAAAGUAUGGAGGCCUUAUUUUCCAGUAUGUGAAAUAUAAGGCACAUUUUCACACUAAAAUUAAAACAAACAAAAAAACCAAGAGGGCAUAGAUGCAAUCAUUUGG